AUGAGUCUUGUGAAGAAGCUCAGUGGAGCAGCGCGUUUAAUGGCGGAUCUCCAGAGGGAUGAAUCCUUGACUCGAAGAAGUCUACUCCUUGCAACCAUCAAUAGCGCUCAAAAAGAGACUUUGGAAUUAUCUGCUGCAGAUGAAUGGGUGUUUGGUCCCAAGCUAGGGGACCGUCUCAGAGCAGCAAAAGUUAUAGAGAAGUCAGUCAGGCGGGUGGCGAAACAGAAACCACGGUCAGAAUUCCAACAGGAAAUGGAACAACACCAGCCAGAACAACUCGAACAAGAGCAACAGCCAGUCGCAGCCAGCGAAUUCAGAAAAGAAAACGUCAUCUUAGGUGGUAGAACCACAUCCACUCUGGAGGACAGGUACCCUGGAGGCAGGCAAGUUAUCAGGAAGGCUUUCUUCUUGAAAGGAGUCCCGGAAGAGUCCAUAGAUAUCACUCUGUCCUCGUUGUGCGAGUCAUCCUUGAAGCAAUAUGAUUGCUCGUUGAAGAAGUGGUGGCAGUUUUGUAGGGGCAGGAAAUUAUCCCUUUUUCACGUUGAGAUUCCAGACAUUUUGAGUUUUUUAACCGAACAGUUUGACAAAGGAGCGUCUUAUGGCUCUCUCAAUUGCAUUUGCUCUGCAAUUUCUCUUAUAAUAGGUUCAGAAAUUGGUAAAAAUCAAAAUAUUGUAAGAUUUUUCAAAGGUUUAGCUAAGUUAAGACCUCCGGAGUCUAAAUAUGAUUCCACCUGGGAUCCGAAGAUUGUAUUGGAUUACUUCAAGCUUUUUCCUAAUGACCAGUUGUCUCUAGUCGAUUUAAGUAAGAAAUUAAUUACUUUACUAGCUUUAGUCACCAGCCAAAGGGUCCAAACAUUAUCGCUAAUAAAUGUCUCUAACAUUGUGUUCAAAGAGAGCUUCGUAGAAAUCAAGAUUCCAAGUAGAAUUAAGACUUCAAAAGAUUUGUCCGGUCACCACGCUCCAGUGUUAUUUGCGAGAAACAAGGAGUGUGAGAGGAGACACCAAUGGGUAAAAGACGUUUUAAAUGAGUGCGGUAUAGAUACCAAUAUUUUUUCAGCGCAUAGCACUAGACAUGCGGCCACUUCUGCGGCGAAACGCAAAGGUGUCAAUUCAGACUUGAUCAGAAAGUCGGCUGGCUGGACAACAAACUCAGCUACUUUCGCUAGAUUUUAUGAUAGGCCCUUGGUUCAGGAUCCAAGAUCCUUUAGUCGGGCGAUAUUAGGUUAA